AUGAAACUGUUCUUCUCGAUCCUUGUUCUCCUCUCAAUCAUUCAUGUUUUCGAAGCUUUGAAACAUCGGGUGCCUCACCGGAAAGUUGUCCCAAAACGAAAAAAUACUGUCGCGAAAAGGGGCGCAGAUGAUCCGAUUUGUGAGUGCACGCCUCCGCUGAGCAACCCCCAACCACCGUACUACACUCAGAACAAGCCUGGGCUAAGUGACUGUGUGAAGCAAGACUGGUCAUUUGCCUGUGAUGGAUCGGAUUCUGAUGUGCUCGAGAUCGCCCUUUACGAUGAUCAUGGGAACGCGUUGUUGAAUUGGGUUUAUUGUGCUGCUUGGGACUAUACUUGGAAUGGGGAGUGUGCCACGUGGAAUGGGGGAACUUUCGAACUCAACUAUCCAACAUACGAUGGUUCUCUCGUUGCCUACCAUAACUGUACAAACUGGGGCUCGGACUCGACAACCUGGUCGUACGCACUCUCAACUUGUCGUGAUGACGGAGGCGAAUUUAUCUCGAUUCACAACGCCUUCGAGAACGCCGUUUGGGCCAGCAUUCAACAAUAUGCAUCUUUUCCCGUAGAGGAUUUCUUGCUGGGUGCUCGGGUCGGACAGAACGAUUCAGGA